UGCCGUUGACAAGAGGAGACGACGUGUAUCUCUCGCUUACACCCAGUGAUGUCGGGAUGUCGGCUGAAGCUGGUGUUGAUGGUAAUGGCUGUUACGCUGAACCUACAGGCGUCAAAGGGCACGUCCUCACCAGCUACAUGUUCCUCCUUGAACGGAUUUACUGCCCUGGACACGGCGGGCCUGUGUGUGAAGCCGGUGGCAAAGAAGUCUUGGUCAGAGGCUAGUAGAUACUGUCAGUCGCUUGGUGCUCGCAUCGUGAUUGUCGACACACAACUAAAAGCGACAGCAAUGAACAGCUACAUUGAAACGGAAUUUCGCGACGCCAGGUACGUGUGGAUUGGGGGAGUGAGUUACUCCUCACUGUCAAGCUCUACCCACAGAUUCCACGCCACGUGGGUGUGGAGCGACUGUCGCGCCAUGAGUGGGACCUACAAUCGCUGGGCGCCAGGAGAACCGUCGGGGGAUGUAGACAAAUGUGCAGUAAUUCAGCGGAACAACUUCCAGUGGAAUGACGGACCGUGUUCUUACUCACUGAACUCUGUCUGUGAAGAGAUCACCUCUCGACCUUUGUAUGACAUCAUCAGCAACAAGGAUGACGUUUGCCCUUCCUCAGUGUUCGGAGGAGCCAACUAA